UCUACAGGGGCAGGUAAUUCACUGGUCCACAAGCGGUCUCCUUUACGUCGAAAUCAAAAGACCCCAACAUCCUUGACCAAGCUGUCUUUACAGGAUGAACAUAAAAUCAAAAAGCCAGCAUGUAAAUUUGAAGAGGGUCAGGAUGUCCUAGCUAGAUGGUCAGAUGGCUUGUUUUAUCUUGGAACUAUCAAAAAGAUAAACAUAUUGAAACAGAGCUGCUUUAUCAUAUUUGAAGACAGUUCUAAAUCCUGGGUUCUCUGGAAGGACAUUCAAACAGGAGCCUCUGGAAGUGGGGAAAUGGUCUGUACAAUAUGUCAAGAAGAGUAUUCAGAAGCUCCCAAUGAAAUGGUUAUAUGUGAUAAGUGUGGCCAAGGCUAUCAUCAGCUGUGUCACACACCUCAUAUUGAUUCCAGUGUGAUUGAUUCAGAUGAAAAAUGGCUCUGUCGACAGUGUGUUUUUGCAACAACAAUCAUGAAGCAGACGUUACCCUAUAGUGUGGCAGACCUUGAAUGGGAUGCAGGUCAUAAAACCAAUGUUCAGCAGUGUUACUGCUAUUGUGGAGGCCCUGGAGACUGGUAUUUAAAGAUGCUACAGUGCUGCAAAUGUAAGCAGUGGUUUCAUGAAGCCUGUGUGCAAUGCCUUCAAAAGCCAAUGCUGUUUGGAGACAGGUUUUACACAUUUAUUUGCUCUGUCUGCAGUUCUGGACCAGAAUACCUCAAGCGUCUACCAUUGCAAUGGGUAGAUAUAGCACACCUAUGCCUUUACAACCUAAGUGUUAUUCACAAGAAGAAAUACUUUGAUUCUGAACUCGAGCUCAUGACAUACAUUAAUGAAAACUGGGAUAGAUUACAUCCUGGAGAGCUGGCAGACACACCAAAAUCUGAAAGAUAUGAGCAUGUUCUGGAGGCAUUAAAUGAUUACAAGACCAUGUUUAUGUCUGGGAAAGAAAUAAAGAAGAAGAAACAUUUGUUUGGGUUGCGAAUUCGUGUUCCUCCUGUGCCACCAAAUGUGGCUUUCAAAGCAGAGAAAGAACCUGAAGGAACAUCCCAUGAAUUUAAAAUUAAAGGCAGAAAGGCAUCCAAACCCCUGUCUGAUUCAAGGGAAGUUAGCAAUGGCCUAGAAAAAAAAGGAAAGAAAAAGUCUGUAGGUCGUCCACCUGGCCCAUACACAAGGAAAAUGAUUCAAAAACCUACUGAGCCACCUUUGGAUAAGGAAUCCAUUUCAGAGAACCCUACUUUGGAUUUACCUUGUUCUAUAGGGAGAACUGAGGGGCCUGCACAUUCAUCCAAUACCUCAGACAUGGACUUUACGGGUGCUUCCAGUGCAAAAGAAACUACCUCGUCUAGCAUUUCCAGGCAUUAUGGAUUAUCUGACUCCAGAAAAAGAACUCGUACGGGAAGAUCGUGGCCUGCUACAAUACCACAUUUGAGGAGGAGAAGAGGUCGUCUUCCAAGAAGAGCACUCCAGACUCAGAAUUCAGAAAUCGUAAAAGAUGAUGAUGGCAAAGAAGAUUAUCAGUUUGAUGAACUGAAUACAGAGAUUCUUAAUAACUUAGCAGAUCAGGAGUUACAACUCAAUCAUCUUAAAAACUCCAUUACCAGCUAUUUUGGUGCUGCAGGUAGAAUAGCAUGUGGUGAAAAAUACCGAGUUUUGGCUCGUCGAGUGACACUUGAUGGAAAGGUGCAGUAUCUUGUGGAAUGGGAAGGAGCAACUGCAUCCUGACUGUAGGACUGAACAUUAUGUUCACUGCACUCUCAUUUCUGUAGGUACAAGUCAAAGCCCUGAAGAAGCAAGGCUUUUAGUAUCUUU